UAUAGAUACGUGGUCAAGAUUAAAAAUUCAAAGGAAGUUAUACGGAACCCAAAUUGCAUUUAAAUAUAGUUUUUUAAAAAAUCCUUAUAAACCGCCAUUAUCUGAUCGGCACAGAACCAACCAACCCAUCCUUUUCAUCAAUAAACCCUAGAAUUCGAUCAGAAGAAUAAUGUCGGGUAACGGAGGAGAAAACGGAUUAGGUCAAGAAGACGACAAGAAGCCUGGGGAUCAGUCGGCUCACAUCAAUCUCAAGGUUAAGGGUCAGGAUGGGAAUGAGGUGUUUUUCAGGAUCAAACGCAGUACCCAGCUCAAGAAGUUAAUGAACGCCUACUGUGAUAGGCAGUCUGUCGAGAUGAACUCUAUUGCUUUUCUGUUUGAUGGGCGACGUCUUCGACCCGAGCAGACACCUGAUGAGCUUGAGAUGGAGGAAGGUGAUGAAAUUGAUGCAAUGCUGCACCAGACUGGAGGUGGGAUCUAGAAUGCUUCUUUCUGAGAUGAGUAGCUGUGUAGAGAAGUAGGUUGAAUAUGAGUUAUUAGCUAUGAAGAAUAAUACCUUAAAGAACAUAUGGACCGUGUGUUAUGCAGGUAGUUGGUUUGGAUGACGGAUUUACUUGCCAGUUGUUCCUAGUUUCUGUAUUCUCGGUUAUCUUAUAUGUUACCAUGUUUAUGCUGUGCGUUUA